AUGGAAAAGCGCAAGAAAAAUUUGAAUAAAAAUGCUUAAAAUUAAAAGGCUAAGGAAGUCCUUGCCCAGAAUAUGUCCUAACUCCCUUAUAUAUAGGAUAAGAGAAGCCUAUCGCAGGUCAGAGCAAACAAAUUUAAGUAAAAUCAGCAAACUUCGAUAAAUAUUAUAACAUCACCCUCACCAUAGCAGACUAAAAGUAUCUUGAAUUAAAUAAAAAUGCAGUAAAUUGGAAAAUAACCACAAAGAGCUCAAAAUUAAUAGCAAAAUUAGAACCAGUAAACUACACUUCAUCACAUUCCCUUCUAGAACUAAUAUGUUUAAUAGAAUUUGAAGAAACAGUAUAUCUUGUAGUAAUAGGUUAUUGCCUAAAACAUGCCGACUAUUCAUUAGACGAAUUAAAAUCCAAAAAGUAUCAUCAGAUCUCUAAACGCAUCUCCUUCUAUAUAAGACUCUGUUUAGAGUUUAUAAUAAAUGUAAAAUAAUGCUAAUAAUAACAUCCAAAGUUUUAAUUAGAAUCAAAGCUAGAUAAUCAUGCAUUAAUAGUAAUAAAUCAAGCAUGCUCUUAAUCCUAUAUCAAAUUUUAUGAAUCAACAGAGUUUUGGAAGAGAUCUGAUCAGGAGUUCAUAAACCCAAAACAAUGGAGAAGUGAAUAAGCUAUUGGAAGCAGGGGCUAGUUAAAGGUUCUCGGGCACUGAAUUUUCAUCCAAUACUGAUAAAAUCAGCGGAAAAAGAAGCGCCGAAUAAAUAAGAUUAUUUGGUAUCAUAAAACAAUAGCAGUAAUGUUCAUCAGCCAGUACUUCUUUAUCAAAAAUUACUCCAACAUCUAAAAGGAAGUCUAAGUAAAUCUAAGAGAUUAGAAUACUGCAGGUGAAAUCUAGAAGGGGAUCAUCGGUUUUUGAAAUACCUACCAAUAUCAAUACAUCACCAUCUAUAAGCAAAUAAGCUAUAACUAAAGCUGAUCAGUAAAGUCCAAAAUAAAAAGGCUAGGAAUUUUACAAGUAUAACUAGCUGUAUGCUAUUUUUAAGGAUCAUCUUUAAAGUAAGAGCAAAAGACAAAAGCAAAUCAGAAAUAGUCACGCUGGCCAAACUGGAGAUAAGUCUCUUCACAAUACUCUAAGUACCAAAAACAUUGAAAGGGAUAUAUCAGCUAGCAAUCUAAAUGAAUAGAGCUUUGUAGAUAAAAUGAGUUAAUUAAGAGGUCAUAGUCCUUAUGAAAUCCAGAUAAAGUACUUUAAGAAUAAACAGCAUAAAAAUUUUAAUCAUUAAUAGCUAUAAUAUCUGAUAUAAACUGGUAACUAAAACUAUGAUUAGCCCUAUUUGAAUCAAGCCUUAACCCCAAAUGAUUAAGUUACAAAUUUACUACUCGCUUCAUAAAACAGGGAAAAUUUUGAAAUUAUUAAAACUCUUUACAAGCAAAGAGAGAACACAAACAAGUCAAGUUUAUUUUCAAGAUCGUUAAAAAUGGGAUAAAAAGAUAGUAGUGUAGAUGACCUGUUAAAAAAGAUGAGUGUAUUGGAAAAUCCUGAUGAGGAAUUGCAAUCUCUACUAUAUAAUCCCCCUAAGAGGACAGCAAUUCAUAGCUGGAAGUAGGUUAAGCCUAAGGAAUUCGUGUUUUCAAAUAACAAUCACAAUCACACCAACGCUAAUGCAAAUAAUAAUCAUAAUAAUACAGCAAAAAAUAGCGAGAACUGA